UCAAAAACAAAUGUUUGACAGCACUGCAGAGGAAUUUUUUUUGUUUUUGGUUCCUAAAGGCAGAAGAUGAGUUUGUGUACUGGCCAAGUCGAGAAGAAUCCAUGAACUGUGAGGCCUUUACUGUCACCCUUAUCAGCAAAGACAGACUGUGCCUCUCUAAUGAAGAACAAAUUAUCAUCCAUGACUUUAUCCUUGAAGCUACACAGGAUGACUAUGUCCUAGAAGUUCGGCACUUUCAGUGUCCCAAAUGGCCUAACCCAGAUGCCCCCAUAAGCAGUACCUUUGAACUUAUCAACGUCAUCAAGGAAGAGGCCUUAACAAGGGAUGGCCCCACCAUUGUUCAUGAUGAGUAUGGGGCAGUUUCAGCAGGAAUGUUAUGUGCCCUUACCACCCUAUCCCAGCAACUGGAGAAUGAAAAUGCUGUGGAUGUUUUCCAGGUUGCAAAAAUGAUCAAUCUUAUGAGGCCUGGAGUAUUCACAGACAUUGAACAAUACCAGUUUGUCUAUAAAGCAAUGCUCAGCUUGGUCAGCACUAAAGAAAAUGGAAAUGGUCCCACGACAGUGGACAAAAAUGGUGCUGUUCUAAUUGCAGAUGAAUCAGACCCUGCCGAGAGUAUGGAGUCUUUAGUGUGACUGGAAUCCUGAAAGGGCACUUAAUUUGUAAACUUCUGAAGACUGAGAACUUUUUUGAGGCCUUUUUUGCCAGACUCUAGGUUAUACAAUAACCCAGUUACUUUUUUACACUGAUAAAAGUUUUGAUAUUUAUUUUUUGCCAUUUUAUGUCUUAAUGGUAUCCUACUGAGCAUUUGCACCUCUGUUCAUUUCACACAGUGAAACGCAGUUUUACCUAGUUUGCACUAUAUGAUCAGUGUUACUGCCUAUAAUCUAAUACUAAAGCAAACCCUAAUAUGACAUUCCAUGACGACAUACAUGCUACUUUUUAGUUCAGUAUAGUGAAGGUCUUUGUUAUGCCAGUGAAUCUUGAUUUUAUUAUUAUUAUUAUUAUUAUUAUUAUUAUUGCUGAAGCAGUUGCAUUCUACUAGCAGGCAAUGCUGUACUUUUCCUCCAUCCUCUCCUAUUUUUUUGUGGGCACUGUUCAAUACUGUAUGCCUUCUGUAUUUUAAUGGAGUGGAUGAGCAUUGUUUUCUUUUACAGAACAGCAGGCUAUUGGGAGCUCCUAAGAAGGUCUAUCAACAUCAUGGCCUUGAAACAGUUCCAUUUAUGAUGGUUAACAGAUUAGUUAAGAAAUUAGAAGGCUUAAGAGUUGCUUCAUGUGAACAUCUCUUAUUAGUUACAAUGUUAUAUUCACAGUUUCAAAAAAUUGUGUCAAAAUAAAAGAUAACUCUGUAUUACAGCUUUCACAGUAGCUAUGUGGACAGUGUGUGUUAUUCCAUUUUGACUCUCUGAAAUAGCUACCCCCUAAAACCAGGGCUAUCUUUUACAAUAGAGAGAUGGCAAUAUUUUACACAACUCAGUUAUACGACCCCUUUAGUACUCCCCAUUAAUGCUUGGUUUAUGAUAUCAUACCUCACAGUAGGAAGAAUUAAAAUUUUUGCAGGUGUGUAAUUUUGAAACUAGUCCUCUAAAAAUUCCCUAUUAUUCAUAUAGCAAUCUAAUAAAAACUACCUAGUUAACAUUCUUCUCUUUCCGUUUUUUGCCAAAUGUUUCAUAAAUAAAUCUCUUAAUUACAUACAUUCUUCUAUUUAAGAUUAAAUUGAAAAUACUGUAUUAGCAAAAGUAUUGGGACUAUCUAAACUUCCACACAUGGAUAAAUCUGAUUUGGAGAGAGAAAAUUAGAAUUUUUAAUAAAAGGUGAUGUCUACAUUUUCAAGUAAUUUUUAAAAGAGGGAGACGGCUUUGGAUGCUUUUGUGUAGUUUAGCCUUAAGGUAGACUUCAAUAAAAGAUGGUGAUAGUCAUUACAGAGUCCGAGGAAGUUAUUCGGUCUAGCCUCUGGAGCCAUUUUCACCCUGCAGUACACAAUGGGAAAAUUAACAGCAUUAGUGAGAAAUGUCAGCAGAGUUUGUUAGAACAAUAAACUACUUACUAAGAUGUGUUCGCUUUUGAGGGAUACUUUCUGUCAGAAGUGAAAUCAUCACCAGAACUGGGCCUGUUAAGAAGAAAAAGGUUUUGUUUAAUUUUUAUGACAAUAAACUUCAAAAAAAAGGCCACACUGGCUGCUAUCAUAGUAUCCAGGUAUGCAUUAAAACACUAAUGAUGAUCAGCACUGAGGCUCUAUUUAUCUUGAGUUGUCGUACUAUGAAGUUUGUCAGAAUGGUGCUGGAGGACCAAAGUCGCUUAAGAGAGAAAGUCUAUAGGCCAAGUCCAUGAGUUUCAGUGCACAGGCAGGUCAAUAGAGUUUUCAUGGACUACAUAACUUACCAGGGUUAAUUUUCAUCUUUUCAUCACAUAGACUCAACAAUACAGAAUAGUCUGCUUUGCAAGGACUGUGUAGGCUAGUCUUGAGAACAGGUGUUCAAGUGAGCAAAGUUUGUUAGGCUGUAUAGGAUAGGUGACACAGACCCCUUUACAGCCUCUCUGCUCCCACCAGAGGUGACAGGAAGCUCUACAUAACACAAAAAAAGCUUGAACAUAGGAACACUACAACUGCCAGAAAGCUGAGGAGAAUCAAGAAGAGAAUGGUUUCAGAUCAUGGCAAGAGCUAGUUUUCUUAGUUAAGUGGGUUAUUUUUAGUUGUACAGAACAUUGAGAUGAUCUAACUCUUUUCAGUAGAUGGCACAGUGGGCUUAGUAUUCAGAAGUCAUGUUCUAGUUGGGGUUCAUGAUCCCUCUGUCAGUAAUUUUUCCUUAAUAAAAGUAAACAUUGGUUAGAAGACAAAUAGCAUGUAUUCCCUUCUGUGCUAUUUACAGAAGGCUCAAUUCAUGGAAAUGCAUACCCUCCAGUGCAGUUCUGUGACUGUCUCUUUCUUACAGGGGUAUGAGAAUCAUGAUAACAGAAAAAAAGUUGGUAAAUAUUAUAGAAACAGUAAAGAUGGUUUAGAAGUUCUCUGUGAGCAAUUUGCAUGUCUAUAGCAGGCUUAAACCAAAGUCUACAGAUCCUGACCCAUUGAACUAUGAGCAAUUGCUAUUUGCCUAUCUUGCCAUAGUGGUUCAAACACACUUCACUGAAGAUACUUUAUAUUCAGCAGCUCCUCAGUUUCACCACAGAGUGUAUCCUCCCUAUUAUUCGUUAUUGGCAAAAAUAUACUUGCCAGAGGCAGCGGGUUUCAAAGACGGUGUUUUCUUUGAGACAUAAGCACAUUGCUUGAGAAAACAAGAACGUUAUUAUCACUUGCCCUCUGGGGGAAAGGAAAUAGUUAUUGCAAAUUAAUGUAUGCUAUUUUAUAAAUAAGCUGUUUGUGUGUAUGAAUUUUGCUCUAGGUAAACAGACACACACAGCAUACAAAAUUGCAAUGAUCAGACCAAAUGGCCAUGCUGGACAUCAGAGAAAAAACACCUUGUUGCCAUCAGGAGAACUCUUUCUUGCAUCCUGUGGCCACACUACUUCUUUUAUGUUAAAAAGUUAACUUCUGAAUUUCAAGAAUAAGAUUAUUUAAUUGGUUUUCCUAACUUUUAAGCCUGUAACUUCUAGAGUCCAUUUCAAAUAGAAGAGUCCAGCAAGAUGAAAAAGGGUUAUGGUGUUCAAGGUCUGGCUGUGGGAGUUGUUAGCCCAGAGUGACAUACUGAAAUCAGUAAAUAAUCCUAAUUAUGUUAUGAUGACACAGCACACAACUGCCUUGUUAUAAAUUUUUUCUUAAUUGCAUACAUACUAUAUUUAAAAUUAAAAUAUAGAUACCAGUUUACCAAAGAUACAUAUUACUAAUUCUAAGCAAAAAAUAAAAGAAACCCAAACAUCAUAAUUUAAGAAAAAAUAAUCAAAAUGUAGUUUGUCUUAAGAAUUUAGCAGUUAUACUGGAAAAUACAUUUUCAACUCCUGUGUUCUAAAAUUUAUGUUCAAAUGGUGCCAGUGAAUUUUUAUAUGAAGGGAAAAUGCCUGCUUUCUUUUUUUUUUUUUUUUCUUUCUUUUUAACAGCUGUAAUUUCACUUAACCCUUUGCACUUUCCUUUAGUUGCCAUUUAACAUACACUAUUGGCUUUACUUAUCUCUGGAAAGAAGGCAUGCUACAAAUAGGAAGGAAUUGUAAUAUUUGGACUCUUCUUUGUCUUAGCUGUUAAACUGUUUUUAGUAUUUUUGUUAAAUAUUUGCAAAGGGAAGCAUUUUCUACAGAGGAUAAUUAAUUUCAAGAAAAAUAUCUUGAGUUUUAAGAAAUAAACAUCUCCAAAAAAGGAGACAGUCAAUUUUAUAAAAUGUCGCAACUCUCCAACAUUUGGGGUAGUGACUCCUUUUUUGUUAGGACAUUUGAAACUAGCAAGCAGCCAUCGUUUCUAAAGAAUUCAGCCUUCACGUUGACCCAUAUUUCUUUUACUUCAUUUUGAAAUAGCUAAAAUCAUUAAAACUGUAAAUAUUUUGUUGCUUGGGUAAGCAUCUUCUGGGAACUUUGUAUCUAUGGUAUAUAAUCAUAGAAUUUUAUAUUUUCAUAUAAAGCUAAUUUUUUUCUAGUUUCAACUCCGUCAUAGUUUUUUUUUUUUUUUUUUUUUUUUGGGGGGGAUAUGUGAGUUCAACUUUCUGGGUUUUGAAGUAGCAAGAACCAUCUUUGCAUUCCAAAAGAAUCCAACACGUGUUAUUUCUUUGAGGCAGUGAUUGUGAAAGUUGGGUUUUCUUUUUAAUUCCAUUGACCAUUUGUGCAAUAGGAAUUAGACAUAAUUAGUCAUCGAAUACAUUCAUUGCAUUGACUCAUCUGGAAAAAGUGGUUUGUUUUUUUAUUUGUUCAGGGUGGGGGAGGGAUUUUGUAACCUGAAAUUUUCCCCUUUUUUCUUCUGUUUAAAACUAUAUCAAAUCAUUCUAUUAUAGUGUUAUUUAAUAUGUAAAUUGUAUUGCUAAAAUAAAGUAUGGUUUUUGAUGUA